GUAGCUAAGCCACCUGCCGAGACGGCAGUUCUGUGAACAAUCGUAGCUAGAAAGGAUGAAGUAAGAGUCGCAUGGAAUAAAAGUGCCAUACUUCGAAGAGGAAGAAGGAAGAAUAACUACAAUUGGAAAACACAUAGACGUGCUACUAGCUACAUUUCGAAGUAUUAGCUAGCUGGCUCGCAAAUUCACUUGGAUAUUUUAAGCUCAUGCCAGCCAAUAACGUUAGACUAACUAGCUAGCCGACUGAAAGCUAGCUAGCCAUCGUUUAUUGGUUAACAAUAGAAUUUAUUUAAGUAACCAGAUAGCUAGCUAACCAAUGCUUUUACAUCAGUUUGUGAACGGUGCCCUGGAGGCUAUGCAUCCAACAAUUCAAAAAGACACUACUUUCACAAAAAUAUUUGUGGGCGGUUUGCCUUACCACACUACCGAUGCUUCUCUCCGAAAAUACUUCGAGGCAUUUGGGGACAUUGAAGAGGCGGUGGUGAUAACGGAUCGACAGACGGGGAAAUCUAGAGGAUACGGAUUUGUGACCAUGACAGACCGAGGGGCAGCAGAACGAGCCUGUAAAGACCCAAACCCCAUCAUUGAUGGCAGAAAAGCCAACGUCAACCUGGCCUACCUGGGGGCCAAGCCCCGUAGCCUGCAGACAGGCUUGUCGGUGGGGGUGCAGCAGGUCCACCCGACGCUCAUCCAGAGGCAGUAUGGACUGGCCCAGCAGUACAUUUACCCACAAUCCUUUGUGCAGCCCAGCCUGGUGCUUCCCUCUCAGAUGUCCUCGGUGAGCGCCCCCUACCUGGACUACAGCAGCGCCUACGCCCAGUACGCCUCCGCCGCCUUCGAGCAGUACCCAUACUCCGCCUCCCCGGGGUUCCUGGGAUACGCCUACACCCCCAGCCCCAGCGCGCCCACCCCGGUCCCUCAGUCGCUGCCCUCGGGGGCGGGCGUGGCCAGUGCCUUCCUGCAGUACCCGCCCCAGCCCCUGCAGCCGGACCGCAUGCAGUGAGCUCACAUCACACUGCAGCGCACUGUGACAUCAGGAGAAACCCCACGCUCCCAGUGACGGGGCUGUCGCGUCAAAGGGCUUCCAGAAGCACAUGCCAACGCUGUGUAUUCUGUUUAAUAAUAAUGUUAUUAUUAUUACUCUUACUGUUGUUAUGAUUAUUGUUAUUAAUGUUCUUGUUACACUCAAUGUCAUUGUUGUUGUUGUUGUUAUUGUCAUUAUCCAUGUUAUUACGAUUAUAUUGUUUCAAUCAGAGGAAACCUCACUCUUUGUCAGUUGCCAUGUUCACACGCAAACGAGCUGUCAUCAGCACCUGCAUUGUGGGGUGGUGGGGUGGGCGUCGGUGGCAAAAGCAUGGACAGGCAAGGGCACGGCUGUAGACCUCUUGCCUUGCGGUGGAGGAAGGAUGAUACGGGCUCUGCUUCCUGGGAGAAAUGGGCGGCGGGGCACCCAGCCUCCAGCAGCUGUAGACCAUUGUGAACCAAGAGGAUUAGGACUCCCUCGCUCUGUGGAGCUUUAACCGGUACUCAGCCAUGGAGAAGCGGCCACCAAGGGGUCCUCCCAGAGCUAACGGCGCAUGAAGAUGACAUCAGUAUCACCUGCUUUUUAUGAGGCCUUAAUCUUUUCACCCCCAAUACCCUACACUUCCAUGAUGUGAAUAUUAAGUCCUUGCUCUUUUCACUUUUUAUAUGAGACUCCUUAAUGCCAACAUUAGAAUUUCUCGUUCUUUUUCAAAGGCAGGUUCAUGUCUUUUCUAAUUAUAUUAUUGUAGUUUGAUGUAGAUAAUCACAGCUAAUUUCAAUAUGCAAUUA